CAUCACAUACUGUUUCCUCCCUGAAGUCAAUGGAUGAGCUUCAGCUGUGCACAACAACUGAAGGAGUGAGGGAGAGCAUAUUUUCAUUAACUGCAGCAAGAACUUAGAUAUUGACUAGUUUAUUUUGAAAACUCUAUAUCCACACAUUUUUCUCAUUUGUAUGUAUUCAUCAGAAAGUAUUGCUUAUGGGUACCUUCAUGUGUUUGUAAAAUAUUCUUAUUCUCAGACUUUUAAUUAAAAGAUUUUAGAUGUGUAUGAAAAUGUGUUUUUUUUGCAAAACGCUAUAUAUCCAUUGUUUUGCUGAAAUGGAAUGUUUGUAUCCUGUAUAUUUGACUGUGAUAUGUGGUUGUCUCACCUAGAUUAUCAGGAAUCAAGGUAAGACCCAAGUGCAGGGGCAAGCAAACAACAGGUCAAGGCAGGCAGGGGUUGAUAAUCCAGAGUAGAGGUCAAGGUACAGGACGACAGGCAAGCUCAGCGUCAGGUCAGGCAGAGUGUACCGAGAACUUUCAAUCCCAAUGAUAAUAACUAACAAUCAAUAGCUUUGAUCAAUCCCCGAGGUUUGUAAAACCAUGGGUAUAAUAAUAAUUAGGCAAAGACUCAGUUUAUGCAAAAGGUUAGUACAGUUUAUUCAGAGAACGUUCUAAAAUCAAAAAGGCAAACACAGUCUUUAUAACACACACAAACAAGUUCAAAUCUUAAACUACGCCUUGCUCAGACAGUCUGUUUUUCCACUACAUAGAUACAUUGUUUCUUUAAUCUGCAACAUGUUUCACAAUUUUCUGCAAGCCUAACAGUUUCUCCCCUCCAUGGGUUGAGACAGCAUGUCCUGUAAGGAACGCAGUAGUACAACUCAUCUGUCGAUAGCUCCUCUUAUCAUUUGUUUCCCACUUGCACCCUGCUUACAUACUAAAAAGGAUCGAAAUGUCCUUGUUCUAAUUCUGACUAAAACUACACACAUCAUCAGAUUAUAGUUUUAUGAUUCUAAUACAUUUCAUACAAUUAUAUGUUUUCAGAGUGGAAUUAUUUAAUCAUUAUCUAUAAACAUAGACAUUAUUUUAUCACAGAGGUCGGUAAUCCAGAGGUGGAGCAAAGGUACAGGACGGCAGGCAGAAUCAGAGUCAGGUCAGGCAGAGGUCGGUAAUCCAGAGGUGGAGCAAAGGUACAGGACGGCAGGCAGGCUCAGAGUCAGGGACAGGCCGAGUGGUCAGGUGGGCAGGGGUCAAAAACCAGGAGGGUGAAAAAAAGAGACUGGGGAAAAACAGGAGCUGAGACAAAACGCUGGUAGGCUUGAACAAACAAGACCAGACAAACUACCCAGGGGAUAAGUGGGGAAGAUGGGCGACACCUGGAGGAGGUGGAGACGAGCACAAGCACAAGGACAGAUGAAACAGAUCAGGGCGUGACAUAGAUGAAUGCACUUACUUUAUGUCGCUCUGAAUAAGAAUCUGAACAAGCUGAUGACUAACCUCUGCUGCACUCACUUUGUCCUUAGCCUUAUCCCCAACGAGACCAAGACUCCAGUGAUCAUGGAUGCCUUCUUGAAGCUGCACCAGCUUCGCUGGAACGGUUUCCUGGGGGGUGUCAGGAUCUGCAGGAAGGGAUUUCCAAACCACAUAAUCUAUGCAGAGUUCAAACAGUGCUAUCACAUCAUGAAUCCACAUGCCAUCGCUGAUUAUGCGUUUGUGGACAGCAGGAAAGCAACAGAGAAACUGCUCGGGUCCCUCGAGGUCGACCACAACCAGUACAAGUUUGGACAUACUAAGGUGUUAUUUAACACAUUUAAGGAAGGUCUGCUGGGGCAGUUGGAGGAGAUGAGGGAUGAGCGUCUGGCCAAGGUCCUCACGCUGCUCCAGACUGUCAGCGGAGGAUAGAGCUCCAGAAUGUGAUGGCGAGAAGGUAACAGAUCAUGGCUUAAUUUGCUCUAGUAAAGUACCUAAAUGAAGUCCGUUGUCCUACAGUAUUGGGGAGGUACUAUAUUAUCUCUUUGGAGUGCAGGAGUGUUGUCACAUCAUAAUGGAACAAUUCCGGAACACUUCAUAGGAAUAUAAAGACAUCAGUGAAAACAAACCAACUUCUCCACCAGCUGCUUCCUCCAGCAGGUUCAAUAGUAAUGUGAUCACGUGCACCUUUCAGUUUGUGAUAUAUUACACCUUUGUGCACACUCUCAUGGUCUUGUAUGUGUGGUAUGCAAGGGCAAUGUUAGCAGUGUGUGUGAGGCGUGUGCUUGUUCAUGUAUGGUUGCCGUGCAAGUGUGUGGCCCCAUGUUAAUAUUGACCUCAUUCCCCCCUCGCUCACACAAAUUCUUCCCCACUCGUCCCCACCCCUCUCCCCUCUCUGCUCUUCCUAAAUUAAACAAUGCUGAUGGUGUCCUUAGAGCCAGGUGGCGACAUGUGUCAAGUAGCAGCUGCUCGGGCCCACACUAAAAGUACCCCCACCUGCCCCGUGGCCUCUAGCCUAUUUUGUUCCAGGCGCCUGCAGUUCUAAGUGAGCACAUAGAUGGGAUAUGUGGUGGGUGACAGAGGAUUAUAGCCUGUCGUCUAACAGAGGGCUUUAGUUUCUAAAUAAACACAGAGACGCUCACGUUUGAGAGGCAAUGAGCACAGAGUCACGUUUGAAAUGCAAUCAUACUCAUAGCACAGCGACCACCCAUUCACCCUGCUACCCCAGACACCCUGCCUGGCCAUGGCCCUGCACUCACUCACGCACACAUUCACAACUCUGACAGGAAGUGCCUGACCAUGUUGCAAAAGGUCAUUUUUGUCUGUCAUGGACCUGCAGAAUGACAAGCAGCAACUUCAAUAGAAGCUGACCAAGUGAGAACAAUCUACUUGAUUGAAGACUGAUCAGUUCUCUGGUCAAUGAUCAAUUAAAAAAUAUUAAUGUAAUCUACUCUUCUUUCGAAUCAGGAAAGACUUUGAAAUUAACCAGAUCACCACCAAGAUUGCAGAUGAACAAGCCUUGACCAUUCAGCUCCAGAAAAAGAUCAAGGAAUAACAGGUUCGUAUCGAGGAGCUGUAGUCUGACCGGACGUCCUUUGCCAAGAUGGAGAAGCAGCUGGGUGAUGCCAAGAUGGAGGCGAACGAUCUGGCAUCCAACGUGGAACAGCUCUCCAAGAGCAAGGCUGAUGCUGAGAAGAUGUGUCGUCUGUAUGAGAACCAGAUAAGCGAGGCCAAGGACAAGGUGGAUGAGCACCAGAAGUAGAACAAUGACACCAACUCCCAGAGAGCCCGCACUCAGGCCGACUGUGCCGAGUUUGGCAGAAAGCUGGAGGAGCGGGAAGCCGUGGUCACUCAGCUGCAGCGCACCAAGCAUUCCUUCAGUCCAACAUUCCAUGUCAGCAGCCCUAUUCUGUAGUGGAGUGCUUAUUCAGAAUUGGGAAUGACAUGGAAAUGAAUGGGAUUGGGAAUAAUAGUAUUCCUGGUUCCAGCAUCAGUCUGGUAGCAAAAUGAAUGUGUAUAACCAUCUCAAUAUACAUACACCACCUAGUUGUUGUGCUUAAAAGUACGACUGACCUUACCUCCUUCCACCAUCUUGGCGCUAUCUCCACUAUCAUUGUCUUCAGACAUAGAGCGCCCUGGGCCAUGCUUUCCAGUCCUCCUGCCAUGACUGUGACCUGCUGAGGGAACAGUAUGACGAGGAGCAGGAGGCCAAGGCUGACCUGCAGCGAACCCUGUCCAAGGCCAACGCUGAGGUGGCUCAGUGGCCGUUACAGUCAAUACUACUCACCAAUGUGCUAUCAUUGGACAAUAAACUAGACGAGGUACCAUCACGAAUAUCCUACCAACAGGACAUCAAAAACUGAAAUAUCCUAUGUUUCAUGGAAUCGUGGAUGGAUGACGACAUGGAUAUUUAGCUAGUGGGAUAUAUGCUGCACCAGCAAGAUAGAACAGCACACUCCAAUGUUUACAACAUUGGUUGUAAACUAUGAAACACGCCCUUCUUUUACCACUAUAUAAACCCGUUGACGAAAAUUCAACUUUCUGUUCCAAGGACAUGAGGACUUGCAGUCCCCACGUUGAAAGGACAAAUAUCACCUACAGAACUAAGCCAACCUCAGGGUGAGCUCUGGUUGAACAACAAGAACCUAACAAAAUUAGCAUCGAAUUUCAACGUGAAGAUGCCGAUCAACACGCCGAAAGGAUGAAUUUUCGACUAUACCAGCCAGAACAUAGCAUGGGCUUGAAGUAUGGCAACUUGGUAUGAACUUUGAACUCUUAUUCACUAAAGAAGUGAUACUUCCUAGCCGUUGCAUUAGCAACAGCAGCUGUAAACGUGGGCUAGGAGAGGACGGACAGAGUAUCCAUUCUACUACGUUCCAGUUCACAACUAGACAUUCUUUAGAGGACAAGAGAUCCAUGCUGGACAACCCGGCCUUUUAUCUAUGACCAAUCUACCGAAGCGCAGCUCAGAGUAAAUAUUUAUUGCAUUUUCCUUUUUCAAAUGGGCGGUUAAUUUAGAAUGCAUAAGAUACUGUAUUUACGAUAGCAUAGCCUCCUACGGCCCGAUAGAGAUACGAAAUCGUUUUGUCCCUCAGUCUUCCCGCUCUUUCAUUCAAAACCCAACCCCCUUUCUUUGUGUAACCAGCCGUCAUAUCUGUUCCGUCCGCUAGGGAUGUUUUCCUUUAUGACAUAUUUUGUGAUCAAUGUAUGAUCCAUUCUGUGUAGAUGUAAUUCUGUGUGAUUAUUUAGGUAUUAAGUAAAUAAAUAAUUCAACCAAAUUUUGAAUUGCUGAUUCAACUUGUUAGCCAGGGUCCGUGAAGAUAACCGAGAAUUUAAAACUUUCAGAUGAAACUGAAUAAGGUGAGGAUUAAAUAUUGACUGUUAAUAAGGUAAAAGAUGACCAGGUCUUUAAGAGUUUAUUCAGAAGAUAACAGCUCCAUAAACAUUCUUGCGUGGUGCCCCGACUUUCUUGUUAAUUACAUUUACACGAUUAGCUUAAUCAGGUAAUAUUAAUUACAGAGAAAUUAUUUGAUAGAAUAGCAUGUCAUAUCUCUUAAUCCGGCAUAGCCAAAGACACGACAAGAGCACAGCUGUUCCGGACGACUGUGUGAUCACUCUCUCCGUAGCCAACGUGAGUAAGACCUUUAAAACAGGUCAACAUACACAAGGCUGCGGAGCCAGACGGAUUACCAAGACGUGUGCUCCGCGCAUGUGCUGACCAACUGGCAGGUGUCUUCACUGACAUUUUCAACAUGUCCGUAGCCAUGAAGUGCUUUGAAAGGUUGGUAAUGGCUCACAUCAACACCAUUAUCCCAGAUAACCUAGACCCAGUCCAAUUUGCAUACCGCCUAAACAGAUCCACAGAUGAUGCAAUCUCUAUUGCACUCCACACUGCCCUUUCCCACCUGGACAAAAGGAACACUUAUGUGAGAAUGCUAUUCAUUAACUCCAGCUCAGUGUUCAACACCAUAGUACACUCAAAGCUCAUCACUAAGCUAAGGAUCCUGGGACUCCCUCUGCAACUGGGACCUCCCUCUGCAACUGGAUCCUGGACUUCCUGACGGGCCGCCCCCAGGUGGUGAGGGUAGGUAGCAACACAUCUGCCACGCUGAUCCUCAACACUGGAGCUCCCCAGGGGUGCGUGUUCAGUCCCUCCUGUACUCCCUGUUCACCCACAACUGCAUGGCCAGGCACGACUCCAACACCAUCAUUAUGUUUGCAGACGACAAAACAGUGGAAGGCCUGAUCACCGACAACGACAAGACAGCCUAUAGGGAGGAGGUCAGAGACCUGGCCGGGUGGUGCCAGAAUAACAACCUAUCUCUCAACGUAACCAAGACUAAGGAGUUGAUUGUGGACUACAGGAAAAGGAGGACCAAGCACGCCCCCAUUCUCAUCGACGGGGCUGUAGUGGAGCAGGUUGAGAGCUUCUAGUUCCUUGGUGUCCACAUCAACAACAAACUAGAAUGGUCCAAACACACCAAGACAGUUGUGAAGAGGGCACGACAAAGCCUAUUCGCCCUUAGGAGACUGAAAAGAUUUAGCAUGGGUCCCCAGAUCCUCAAAAAGUUCUACAGCUGCACCAUUGAGAGCAUCCUGACCGAUUGCAUCACUGCCUGGUAUUGCAACUACUCUGCAUCUUAAAUUAAGGCGCUACAGAGGGUAGUGCGUACGGCCCAAUACAUCACUGGGGACAAGUUUCCUGCCAUCCAGGACCUAUAUAAUAGGCUGUGCCAGAGGAAAGCCUAUAAAAUUGUCAAAGACUCCAGUCACCCAAGUCAUAGACUGUUUUCUCUGCUACCUGCACAGCAAGUGGUACUGGAGUGCCAAGUCUAGGACAAAAAGGCUCCUUAACAGCUUCUACCCCAAAGCCGUAAGACUGCUGAACAAUUAAUCAAAUGGCCACCGGACUAUUACAUUGACCCCCCCCCCCUCCAUUUGUUUUAUACACUGCUGCUACUCGCUGUUUAUUAUCUAUGCAUAGUCACUUCACCCCUACCUACAUGUACAAAUGACCUCAACUAACCUGUACCCCCUGCACACUGACUCGGUACUGGUAUCCCCUGUAUAUAGCCUCGUUAUUGUGUUACUUUUUAUAAUUUUUUAUUUAUUUUAGACUUUCGUUUAUUUGGUAAAUAUUUUCUUAACUCUUCUUGAACUGCACUGUUGGUUAAGGGCUUAUAAGUUAGUAUUUCAUGGUAAGGUCUACAUAUUCGGCGCGUGUGACAAAUAGAGUUUGAUUUGAUUUUGAUGGUUUUUGCUACUGUACUUGAAGAAAAUGUCAAAGUUCUUGAAAUGUUCCAUCUUGACUGACCUUCAUGUGUUAAAGUAAUGGUGGACUGUUGUUUCUCUUGCUUAUUUGAGCUGCUCUUGCCAUAAUAUGGACUUACCAAAUAGGGUCAUCUUCCGUAUUCCAAGUCUACCUUGUCACAACACAACUGAUUGGCUCAAAUGCAUUAAGAAGGAAAUGAGCUUUUAACAAGGCACACCUUGUUAACAUUGUAAAAUUGAUUGAAAUGCAUUCCAGGUGACUACCUCAUGAAGCUGGUUGAGAGAAUGUAAAGCGUUUGCAAAGCUGUCAAGCCAAAGGGUGGUUACUUUGAAGAACCUCACAAUUUGUUUAACACUUUUUUGCUUACUACAUGAUUCCAUAUGUGUUAUUUCAUAGUUGUGAUGUCUUCACUAUUAUUCUACAAUGUAGGAAAUAGUAACAAUAAAGAAAAACCUUGAAUGAAUAGGUGUGUCCA